ACCGCUGGCUGCACGCAAGUCCUCGCGACACCAUGUCGUCUAGGACUCCUGUACCAGCUCCUCGCAUGCUUAUACCAUUCCAACCCAACUAUAUCCACACGACAAUCAAAGUAUACGCACGGUGUCUGCGGCCGGACAUCGAGUACAAGACCCUGUCAGUAACUUGGGGCACGCGGGCCAAGGAGGUGGUAGCAACUCUCCUCAGCAAGUUCAGGAUGAGGCACCGGGAUCCGCGGCUGUUCUACCUGAGCAUGGAAGUCAGGGUGCGAGCAGCCGGAUUGAGGACGACGUUGGUGCUGGAUGAUGAUGCAAGACCAGCGGCGUUGCAGGCCUGUCACCCCAAAGGCUAUUCAAAGUUCUCUCUACAGAUGCGGCCGGGUGGUCUGGUGAAGAUCUACGACUCGGCGCUGAUGUCCUCGUCGCAGUACAAAUGUAUACUGACGAGCGAGCGCACCACGGCUGACGAGCUGCUGGCAAUAUUGCUGCACUGCUACGACUCCAGCGAGGGUGUCGAGAGGUUCUCCUUGUAUGAGGUAUGCCCAUCACAAGAAUACGAGAGGAAGUUACAUCCCGAUGAUCUUCCACUAUUAGUCCAGCGAGCCUGGCCUUCAGACACCGACUGCCACUUCAGGGUACGAAGGAAUCCUCGCGCACCUCCACUCCCUCCUAGAACUAACCCCACCCCACAAGAGAACGAAGAAGAAGAUGAAGUUUCUAGAGCAUUAUCAGCGCUGUCUUUAGAAUCAGACAGCGACAACAGAAGAUACAGCCCAGUCUAUAAGUUCCCAAGCAUUAGCUUCUGUAGAGAAACGAAAAAUGACUAUUUAUAUAUUUGACUUGUUUUUUGUUUUAAUUUCAAGUGUAAAUAUGUAAAUUGUAUAUAUAGGGUCGUUUUGUGUGAAGCCAAAGAGAUUGAAUGUACGUUAAGUAUGCGUAUUGAGAGGAUAGUGAACCCAGCGAGUUUUUGGAAAGGGAGUGCUAUUACCAGUAAACAAUCAAAUUUCGAGGGAUAUAUACCGUACUUAUAUUAAGGAUUUGUCUCCGCUGAGCUCCAACUAAAUACCGUACUAACUAAGAACAAUAGCUUUUUAUUACGGCAACUAUUAGAUGCUUGUGUGCGUGGCAUCUUUCAUUUUGUAACAUAAACUUCGUGUUAUUUUAAAUUAAUAAAAUGCAAAAUACUUACUGUUGUUGAGUCCCAGUGUCUUUCUUAUUUCUUGUAGUAUUCGUUUUACAAAGUUACUACGAAACCCGGCAUUUUUGUUUCAAUUAUUAGCAAAGUUUAACAGAACAUGUGGCUCGUGAACGUCACACAUUGCUCGAGUACUCCCACUAUAUUAAUUAACGCAUUUUUCAACUACGUCUUCGGUAUCAAGCUGUAGCGCAACGGAGACCAAACCUUAAUCUAAGAGGCAGUAAAUAAUUACACAAAUGGAAUGACAAUAAGAUGAGAUGAUGAUAUGUGAAUGUUUCACUAUGUAAUCAUUGAAUUUUUGCAAAUAAAGUAGAACCAAAAUUUUAUUUCCAAAAUAUAACUUUAAUUAAUUGAAGUUACAUUAAUUGAUUGCUAUUAUAUGUUCUAUCAUUUGGUUUUAUCUUUGUGUUGUGAUAUUUAUUAUGUCUUAAUGUUAUCCAGGAAAAGAUAGUAGAAAAGAGAUUCAAAUAGUCCAGAACAUAACACUAUGGUCCAACAACAGGAUGUUUUAUUAGCAUAAAUAAAUUGUUCUCAAAUUUAUAUCGUUCAGUGAUUGAAUUAUAGAAUGUGAUUAUAUAUAUCAUUGUAAUAUAUUCAAAUAUAGAUAUAUUUAAUUAAUAUUGCAAUAUAUGUGGAUUGCUCGUUUCUUAAGCUGGUCACACACGAACGCGCCAUUUAUCCCGACGACAAAUAAAUUGCGUCCAUAUGACUUAAAAUUUUGACUAAAAUUCACCUGCACGCCAUUCGCCAAUUAGUGUCCGUUUCUUUCUAUUCUCGUUUAUUAAUAUAAUAUAAUAAUAAAUAAUAAAUUAUACUCUUUAUUAGUUUGAAAAACAUUCACCAAACAUGGCGGCGUCCCGUCUUGGAGCAGACUUAACACAAAGUUGGGCCUUGCGGAUGUAUUCUUGACGAUGCCAUUUGAUUGGCGAGGUGGCGUGAAACUCAAUUCCACUAUUGUUUGUUUCGGAUGGCGCGUUGGCGCAUUGAUUGUUCAUCUGUAGAUUUUGACUCGGCGCAACUACGUUUGGCUUGUUGGAGCGUUCGUGAGUGGCCAGCUUAAUUAUCAGAAACCAUAAUAUUUUAUGAGAUAUUCUACCACGAAGCUCGUCUGUCCAGAUCUAUAUAAAGCAUUGUAAAUAUAUUUAAGUAGCUAGUAGACACCAAAGAGGCGCGAGACAGUAAAAUAAUUUAAUAAUCAAUGUCUACGUCACAACAGAUUUCUAUCUUACAUGACAAUAAAUUACUACAAAUUAAAUUUUUCUUCCAAAAAAAAAAAAUUACGACAUAUUUACGUCCGUAUCCACGACCGUAGUUAGUGUAAUAUAUUGUCUAAUAAGACUUAACAUUUCAGAAGAUACUGUGGAGUUUUGGGUUAAGAAUUUAAUGGCAAGACCGCGUAUCACUCAAAGUAAAUCUAUAGUAAAUUUAAUCACAAUGGUUACAAUCAUUUUCUAUAUCUAUGAGCGUAUUAUAAAACUAUUUAGAAUAAAAGUUUUACUGAAAAAAAAUGAAAUGAAAUGAAUCAAAAUAAAGACAUUAAUUGUUAAGUUAUUUUACGAUAUUCUAGAUAUAUUAAAUCUGUUAUAUAAUUGUGAUGUUUUAUUUAUUUUUAAAGGGCAACGCCCAACACACUUCGUAUACUAUGUCAUUGAAUGCAAUAUGCUUUUAAUUAAAUAAAUAUCAUAUGUUUUUUAA